GCGUGGUGAACCUAAUAAAGUGGCCGGUGAGUGUAUAUACAGAUGGGAAAAACAAAGAAUGAGUCAUAUACAUGAAUUGUACAAAAAUCCAAAUAUUUCUGGGCAGGGUGGGCUAAGCCCAGGCCCCAGUGUUUAGAAAUCUUAACUGUGCCUCUGUUUAAAAUCUUAUGCUCCCCCUUUAGGCUAGGCUACAUUAGAUUUCUAAGUAAUAAAGGGUGAAUAAAUCCCUGCUAACUCUGCAACAAGAUAAGAAAUGGUAAUCUAUAACCAGUCCUAUCAGCUCUCUGGUUUCACAUUCCUCAGGUGGUUCUGAUGUGUGAGAGGAGUCUGGCACAUUUCCACCCGUUCUCUCCCAGCACUUCUGGUCCGGCUCCGGAUCAGCUUGUUUUAAGGUUUUAUAGUUCAAAGAUCUAAACACAUACAUCUAAAUGAGUUUUAGAAAAGACAGUGACAGCGUGGAGCUGGAGGACUGCAUCAGGAACCCGGGGUAUCGGGAUGCAGACGGCGGUAGAAAAGCGGCGGACACCCCCAGCCCUGAGCCCGGGCAGAGGCGCGACUCCACGGCGGUGGAGCAGGGCUCGGAGCCGGCCUCUAAGGAGUACCAGCAGGUCAAACCGUACGCCGGGAUGCCCAAAGAGGUGCUGCUGCUGUACUCCUCCCGGGCUCGGUACCGAGUGCCCAGAGAGAUCCUGUUCUGGCUGUCGGUGUGCUGCACCCUGGCGCUGCUGGCGGUCACCGUCACCGUCAUCGCGCUGUCGCCGCGGUGCCUGAGCUGGUGGCAGCUGUCCCCGGUCUACCAGGUCUACCCUCGGUCCUUCAAGGACUCCGACGGGGACGGAGUGGGAGACCUGAAAGGGAUCACAGAGAAGCUGGGUCACUUUGAGCAUCUGAACAUCAAGUCUGUGUGGAUCAGUCCGUUCUACCGCUCUCCCAUGAAGGACUUUGGCUACGAUGUGGAGGAUUUCCGGGACGUCGAUCCGCUUUUUGGAACCAUGAAGGACUUUGACGUGCUUUUGGCUGAAAUGCACGACAAAGGUUUGAAGCUCAUCAUGGACUUCAUUCCUAAUCACACCAGCGAUCGUCACCGCUGGUUCAACCUGAGUCGGACCAGAGAUCCCCUUUAUGAGGAUUAUUAUGUCUGGACUGACUGCAACAAAACAAACCCAAAGCCUAAUAACUGGGUGAGUAUAUUUGGAAACUCAUCGUGGACUUAUGAUGACGUGAGAGGACAAUGCUACCUGCACCAGUUCCUCAAGGAGCAACCGGAUCUGAACCUAAGGAACCCGAAAGUUCGCCAAGAGAUCAUUGAUAUUAUUCAUUUCUGGCUGGAGAAGGGAGUGGAUGGGUUUCGGAUGGAUGCAGUGAAGCAUAUCCUGGAAGCCACUCACCUGAGGGACGAGCCACAGGUGGAUCCAAACCUACCACCAGAGUUGGUAACUACAGAGUGGGAUCUGUACCAUGACUACACCACAAGUCAGGUGGGCUUACAUGAUCUGCUCAGAGAGUUUAGAGCAGAGAUGGACACCUACAGCCGUGAGCCUGGCAAAUACAGGUUCAUGGUGACGGAGUCAUAUGAUUACCACGAGGUGGAGAAGACCAUGAUGUAUUAUGGUACUCCACUGAUAACAGAAAGUGAUUUCCCCUUUAACUUUUACCUGCUGGACCUGCCUCACAACACCAGCGGCUGGUGGGCUCAACAUCUGGUCAGCCUUUGGAUGGCCAACAUGCCCCGAGGAAAAUGGCCCAACUGGGUGGUUGGGAAUCAUGACAGGUCGAGAAUUGCAUCCAGCGCUGGUCGGAUCUAUGUGGAAGCCAUCAACAUGAUGCUACUGACCCUCCCUGGCACACCCACAACCUAUUAUGGCGAAGAGAUCGGCAUGGAGAACAUUAACAUCACACAAAGUCAGAUACAGGAUCCUGCUGGCAAAUACAAUGCAAGUGCCAGUCGGGACCCUGAGAGGUCUCCAAUGCAGUGGAGUGGUGACAUGAACUCAGGCUUCAACGACAAAACCAACAUCACCUGGUUACCCUUACAUCCUGAUUAUGAAACUGUCAAUGUGGAGGUCCAGAUGAAAGAUGAAGGUUCUGUAUUAUCGCAGUAUAAAUUUCUGAACCACCUACGUCAAUCAGAGCUCCCCUUCCAGAGAGGAUGGUUCUGUUACGUCCUUGCUGAUGCCAAUGUUUUCUCUUACCUCAGAGAGCUUGAUGGGCACAAACAAGCUUACCUCAUGGUGAUUAACUUUGGUAAACAAUCUGCCACCACAGAUUUAUCUUCCAUUCAGGAGUUACCCGACCAGCUGCAAGUGCUGAUGAGCACAAAACCAGCCAACGACGGGAAAGUCUUUCAGAAGUCCAGUAUCCUGACGCAACCAGGAGAGGGUUUGACCAUUCGGUACUCCACCUACACCCGGUUUCAUCAAAACCAUGGUGCAGAGUGCUAUGUCUCAGAGAAGGCCUGCUAUUUGGACACCAUUGACAUACUUUAUAAAUGCUGAUGUACAUCAAAAAUUGGAUGCAAUUAUUAAGAUUUAACAGUCAAAAAUCAGUGAGAUUGUUCAGUGGAGUUUUCUUUUGUUGCCAUACAAUAAAGUAACAGAUCAGUU